UCUAUUGCGCAAUCAGCAAAGCAUUGUGGGAAGUAAAAUGGUGAUCCGCAUCGCUCCCUGAAUGUGACGAUGUCUGCACUGUAAUUGUAAUAGUGUUUUUCAAUCUUAAUAUCUUUUUUUUAUCACAUACCGAAUCUGUGAGUAUUAAGGAUACGCUAUGCAUAAUUUAGGCCUCUUUUUAGGCGCCGUAAACACUGCGUUAAUGAGAAAGCAGGCUCUAAAGACGUUCCUAACUCUCUCAUCAGUCAGGAGGACCCUAGUUUGGACAAACGUUCAAAAUUCACUACUCAGGACUUACAGUCAAGAUAAGUCGAAAACCGGAUCGUCUAACUUUGUUGUCUACAGUUUAUUGCACAGGACUUUAGUUAAAAUCCAUGGCCAUGAGACGAGUUCAUUUCUUCAAGGUCUUGUUACAAAUGACAUGGAACAACUGGAGGACGAAAGGUGCAUGUAUGCACACAUGCUGAAUGUGCAGGGAAGGACACUCUAUGACAUAAUCUUUUACAGUUUGAAAGAAAAAUCCACAGAACCCAGUCUUUUACUUGAGUGUGACAGCACAGUGAAAGACGCCAUCCUUAAGCAUCUGAAGGUGUACAAAAUCCGCCGUAAGGUAAGCAUCACCCCUUGUCCUGAGCUUGCCAUAUGGGCUUUGUUACCUGUGGACAAGGAUAGUGCACCAGACAAACCAGAAAUCACUGACAACAAACAAGAUAUUGUGCUGGAGAGGGACCCAAGAACUGAACUCAUGGGGUGGAGACUGAUUGUGAACCGUGAAGUUAAACCAGAGGACAUAAUUGCUUCCGCUCUAGAGGGAAACCCAGAAGAAUAUCACAAGCAUCGAUAUACAAUUGGCUUGCCGGAGGGUGUGAACGAUCUUCCUCCUGGUGUGGCCCUCCCACUGGAAUCCAACCUGGUGUACAUGAAUGGAAUCAACUUCAGCAAGGGCUGCUACAUUGGCCAGGAGCUCACAGCCCGAACUCACCACACGGGUGUUGUGCGCAAGCGCCUGAUGCCUGUGCGCCUGUCUGCUCCAGUUGAUGGACUGCAGGAGGGAGUGGCACUGCAGACAAACUCUGAGAAACCCGCUGGAAAGUAUAGAGCUGGGAAGGGAGAACAUGGGCUGAGUCUCAUCCGCUUGGCCCAUGCCAAAGAACCACUAGCACUGAAGCCAUCCCAGGCGGAUGGUAGCUCUGUGACUCUGCAGGUCUCUGUACCUGAAUGGUGGCCUAAUGAAGCCAAGUAAACCAAAGGACAAAUGCACAACGUCCAGUUAAAACAAACCAUCAGAACCACAUCACAGCAUCAGAGUUUGGACUAUGAUCACAUUUUUGUGUUAGCUGUUUAACCAGUUCUGUUCAACUCCAACAACAA